CACGCCCACGUUAAAUAAACCCAUCGACUGUAAUCCCCACUGUACACAGCGAAAUCCUCUGCGGGUAUUUUCUGUCUUUACUGUAAGUCUGGUGCAAAUAACGCGAAGAAAUGGACAACUCUGGGAAAGAGAAGGAAGCGGUUCAGCUAAUGGCCGACGCUGACAAAAAAGUCAAGUCCGCUGGCUCUUUUUUGGGAGGGAUGUUUGGAGGAGGACAUCACAAAGUGGAAGAAGCGUGUGAGAUGUACUGCAGAGCUGCCAACAUGUUCAAGAUGGCCAAGAACUGGAGCGCUUCUGGAAAUGCAUUUUGCAAGGCGGCACGUAUCCAUAUGCAGCUGCAGAACAAACAUGACUGUGCUACCAGUUUCAUUGAUGCAGGAAAUGCUUACAAGAAGUCUGACCCUAAUGAGGCAAUCAAGUGUUUAAAUGCAGCCAUCGAUAUAUACACAGACAUGGGAAGAUUCACCAUCGCAGCCAAACACCACAUCAGUAUUGCAGAGAUCUACGAGUCUGAGCUUGUGGAUAUUGAAAAGGCUAUUGCACAUUAUGAACAAGCAGCAGAUUAUUACAAAGGCGAAGAAUCCAACAGUUCUGCUAACAAGUGUCUGCUGAAAGUGGGGGGUUACUGCGCUCAGUUGGAGCAGUACCAGAAGGCCAUUGAGAUCUAUGAGCAGGUUGGAGCCAACACAAUGGACAACCCGUUGUUGAAAUACAGCGCCAAAGAGUACUUCUUCAAAGCCUCCCUCUGUCAUUUCAUUGUCGACGAGCUCAAUGCUAAGAUUGCAGUUGAAAAAUAUGAGGAGAUGUUCCCAGCUUUCUCCGACUCUCGAGAAUGCAAACUGUUGAAGAAACUUCUCGAGGCUCAUGAGGAACAGAACAGCGAGGCUUUCACAGAGGCAGUAAAAGAGUUCGACUCGAUCUCGCGCCUGGACCAGUGGCACACAACUCUCCUGCUGCGCAUCAAAAAGACCAUCCAGGGUGAUGAAGGGGAUCUGAAAUGAAAAAAUCCCGGGGGUAGAAAUGCAGCACAGAGGGACAAAUCCAUCACGCAUGCUUUCACACACACAGAGACACAUAUAUAUAAACACACACACAUACACACCCGCUCUUUCACUCACCUCACUGUGUAUAACAUCUGGAGAGUGCUGAUGAUUUUGACUAUUCCACUGCUCACUGCUAUACUGUCAGAGUACUAUCUUUGCUUUCCUUACGAGCAUAUCUGAAUCUAGUGAGAAUGUAAAUCCUCUCGCCCUCACCUCUGUCUAGAGGAUUGCUGCAUACCUUUUCUGCUGAAAUCUGUCCCGGGGGGAUUUCAGAGCGGUAUAUUGUAUUGAAACUGAUGUUAGUAUUGACAACAAGCACUGCAUGUUUUGUACAAUUAUUAUUUCCUAGUCAGAUGCAGCUUUUUUUUUAUCUAGUUUUAUUAUAUAUUUAAACAUUUGUUUAAGUUUGUUGUACAUAAGAUUAUCAUGGUGUGUAUGGGUUUCAAGAAUGUACCAUUAUCCUAAUUUUUUUUAUUGGUUCGGAGUUGAAGAGAUGGGAUCAACUAAAGUCGUUUCAGCCACACACAGAAAAAGUGAUUUUGUUUCCAUUUUUAUCACCAACGGGAAGAGCCUCUUCUAGAAGAAAGGCAAUGAUAUGCACCAAGUGUAGACUGUUAAACAUUUGUAUCUUAUGACAACCAUACACAUUCAUUCUUACUACACAAUUAUUUGAUUAUUUAUUUUUACUUUAGGAUUUAUUGCUGUAGUAAUACUUUGAAUGUUUGGAUCUGUAAGCUGUGAUUUAUCAUUUGCCUGUGGAAAGCGUAUUUUUGAAUCAAAAGCACUGACAUGGAAACCCGUACUCCUUAUUUCCAGGGAUGUAAUCUUGAGGGGGGGUGGGGGUAAUGUGCAUCAUUAGUCACUCAUCUCGUGCCGUGUCGUGAUGUGAAAUUCUCAUUGAAGGUUUACUAUUGCAGUGCACCUUCCAAAUGGCCAGUCGCUAAAGCAUGUCAUUGUGUAUAGUUAAGUGUUGUGUUACAUUCACUAGUGUGAGCCAGACCAAAGUUUUUACAAAAGGGUCAGUCGCCCUGCGUAUCCAGCUUCUUCCAGGUGGAAUGGCAAUGGACCUUGGAUAUGAUCUGUAUGCUUGUGCGAAUGGACAAUAAUAAAGAUAUAUUAUAUCCCA